AUGGACUCAAGCACCAAGAUGCGCAAAGGAUUCAUGAAAGGCAAGUUGGUCAUGUCUUUCUAUAGAGCCUCAAGGCCUCCUACCACCACCACAACCACAACCACGGUUAAGACCGGCCACAACAUGACCACCAGUCAAAAGAUGAUUCCACCACCCUCUUCGUUGAUCAUGAACCAAGAGAAGGUGAACCCUCAACCUAAGCACAGUGUGUCCUACGUCAUCCCACAAACCACGGGUACGUAUGGAAUGUUUGACAAUCCCUAUGGUGUGACAGUAGAUGAAGCAGUAGAUGCAAAAGCGACUAGUUAUAUCUCUUGUGUUCAGGAACGGUUUAAACUUGAACAUGUUGAUACCAAAUGGGUUGAGCCAACCAGCUAA